AUAAUAGCAUCAGCAUUAGCAGAUGUGACAGCUUUCGAGGCCUUUUUCGCUUUCUUCAUCCUCUGUAACUCUUCUUCUUCAUUUUCAACCCAAUCCAAUUCAUCAACCCUAAUUCCCUAUAAAUCAACCCAGUAAUUCUCUCUCUCUCUCACUCUCACACCACCUCUUCUUCGUUAUUCUCAUCGCAAUUCACGCUUCAUUUCAAUCCUAAUUUCAAUUUUUCAUUCUUCACCAUGCCUGUCAUUUCCCGACUCGGUUCUUCCAUGCACCACCAUGCCUUCGUUCCACAAACCUUCGAUGCUUCCCAUGCCAGGAAAUCCUCUUUUGUUGCUGCUUCUGGGAGUAGUAGACGGGGUCGUAGGUUGAUUGUUGCUGCCAGCCCCCCUACUGAAGAUGCUGUUGUUGCUACUGAACCGCUCACCAAGCAGGAUCUCGUCGAUUAUCUUGCCUCUGGGUGUAAGCCCAAGCAAAACUGGAGAAUAGGUACUGAACAUGAGAAGUUUGGUUUUGAGUUGGGAAGCUUGCGUCCUAUGAAGUAUGAGCAAAUAGCAGAACUGCUGAAUGGCAUUGCUGAGAGAUUUGACUGGGAUAAAAUUAUGGAAGGUGAUAAAAUUAUUGGACUUAAACAGGGCAAGCAAAGCAUAUCAUUGGAGCCAGGGGGUCAGUUUGAACUAAGUGGAGCUCCUCUUGAAACCUUGCAUCAGACUUGUGCUGAAGUCAAUUCUCACCUCUAUCAGGUUAAAGCUGUUGCUGAAGAAAUGGGAAUUGGAUUUUUGGGGAUUGGUUUCCAGCCAAAGUGGGGACUCAAGGACAUACCUAUAAUGCCAAAGGGAAGAUAUGAGAUUAUGAGGAAUUACAUGCCCAAAGUUGGUUCUCUUGGCCUUGACAUGAUGUUCAGGACAUGUACUGUGCAGGUCAAUCUGGACUUUAGUUCUGAAGCUGACAUGAUCAGGAAGUUUCGUGCUGGCUUAGCUUUGCAGCCUAUAGCAACAGCCCUUUUUGCAAAUUCACCCUUCAAAGAGGGAAAGCCUAAUGGUUAUGUCAGUAUGAGAAGCCAUAUUUGGACUGAUACUGAUAAGGACCGCUCAGGCAUGCUGCCCUUUGUUUUUGAUGACUCCUUUGGGUUUGAGCAGUACGUUGAUUAUGCUCUUGAUGUCCCAAUGUAUUUUGUCUAUCGGAAACACAAAUAUAUCGACUGUACUGGAAUGACAUUCAGGGACUUCUUGGCAGGAAAGCUUCCUUGCAUUCCCGGUGAAUUACCGACUCUCAAUGAUUGGGAGAAUCACUUAACCACUAUAUUUCCUGAGGUCAGAUUGAAGAGGUAUUUGGAGAUGAGAGGUGCUGAUGGAGGGCCUUGGAGAAGGUUAUGUGCUUUACCGGCAUUUUGGGUAGGGUUAUUGUAUGAUGAGGAUUCUUUGCAAGGUGUUCUGGAUUUGACUGCAGAUUGGACUCAGCAAGAAAGACAAAUGCUAAGGAAUAAGGUUACUGUAUCUGGUCUAAAAACACCAUUCCGAGAUGGUUUGCUGAAGCAUGUUGCUGAAGAUGUUCUAAAGUUGGCCAAGGAUGGCUUGGAAAAAAGAGGCUUCAAGGAAUCAGGAUUUUUAAAUGAGGUAGCGGAGGUGGUUAGAACAGGUGUCACUCCAGCUGAGAGGCUUUUAGAGUUGUAUGAUGGAAAGUGGAACCAAUCUGUAGAUCAUGUGUUUGAGGAAUUGCUUUAUUGAGGUGUAUUCAAUCACUUGCUUAUUAAUCACGUCUACGUGGGAGUUUAAUGUACGUGGGAACCUUACCUUUGGUUAUAGGCUUAGUUAUCUCUCUUGUGAACUGCUUUUAGAUAUAGAAAAUAAUAUAUGAUGUAAUUUUUCGCCUUGAGAUUCCGGAUCAACUUAUCAUUGGAAACAUGAUCUGAUCAGGCUGGCACUUAGAAGUUUGAGAAUAACAUCAGCUUAGUGCAUGUUUGGAAAUCCUUCUGCAAUUGAUAGAAGCUGAUACUUGAGGAAAUAGAAGUUGUUUGAAAUGGUUUAUUGUCGGUAAAAAUGUUGCUAGAAUGAUUCUUAUUAACUUGUUGCAAUAUUACUAUUUAGUAUUUACGUUAUGGUUCAA